AGGGUUUAAAACUGCGUGUAGCCGGCACGGUAAAUCGGGAGAUAGGUAGCACAGACAACAGUAGGCUAAGCCUUUUUUUAGGGGGCGGGCAUGGCACUUCAAAUGUUGUAAUAUCGAAAACGAACAAACGGCGGAAGGAUGGCUUCUUUUCUGCAGAUUCCUGAUGCCGAAAAGGGCCAUGAUUUGAAUUUGUUUUGUGUCCCCAAACACUAUGAAGACGAUUUGGAGAGGGUCAUUAUUCCACAUGGAAUUAUCAUGGAUAGGACAGAACGUUUGGCCCGUGAUAUAAUGCAAGACAUGGGAGGACACCAUAUUGUUGCUCUGUGUGUUCUGAAAGGUGGUUAUAAAUUCUUUGCCGACCUGCUAGAUUACAUCAAGGCACUUAAUCAAAACAGCGAUAAAUCUGUACCGUUGACUGUGGAUUUCAUUAGACUUAAAAGCUACUGUAAUGAUCAGUCUACAAACAGCGUUAAAGUUUUUGGAGGAGAUGAGCUGUCCACCCUGACUGGGAAAAAUGUUCUGAUUGUUGAGGACAUUGUAGAAACAGGCAGAACAAUGCAGACUCUGCUGUCUCUACUGAAUGGAUACAACCCCAAGAUGGUUAAAGUUGUGAGCCUUUUGGUCAAAAGAACACCAAAAAGCUUAGGAUACAGGCCAGACUACAUCGGCUUUGAGGUCCCUGAUAAGUUCCUUGUUGGAUACGCCCUGGACUACAAUGAAUAUUUCAGAGAUCUGAGCCACAUCUGUGUCCUGAAUGAAAAUGGAAAAGUGAAGUACAAAGUGUAAGAGAGGAAACUCACGACUGCUCAUCCACAGGAAAUCUAGAGCACUGUGAAGCUCCGUAUUUAGUUUUUAUUUCUUUCGUGAAUGUAUUUUAUUUUUCUAAGUGAAUACCCUUAUAAAUGAGUGCGUGGUGAGAAUUCUCAUUUUUUAAAUAUCUUUUCUUUCUGUUCAAUAGGUGAUUUUACAAAAGAUACAAAAUAUUAUUAUUGGUUAUUAUUAGUUGGUUUAUGCCAAUGAAAAAAUAUUCACGUUUUCCCCAUAAUCAUUACGUUACAUAUUAAAUCUCACAUAAUGGGGAAAACAUGUCUGGGGACAAUGCAAAGCAGAAGUUCACUCAGUUUGAUUAGUCCUUGAUACACACAAUGUUCUGCAUUGUAAUGUUUUCCCCAAAGACAAAAAUAAUUUUGAUCAUUUCUUUUAAAUAUGGAAUGUAAGACUGAAUGUUGUUUCAUGUCGGCUGGUGACAAAACUUUAUUUUGUGAAAACUAUGUAUUUAUUUUGUGAAGUUCUAAAGAUAAAUUAUUUGCAGCAAUAAUUAUUUUUGGGAGAUAAAAAUAAUAGAUAAUAUUGGUAGAUAAUAAAUUUGGAUCUAGUACUA